AUGUCAACUCUCGACGCGCUCGUCGCGGAGGCGCGCGUCUCAUACGUGGCCUCAGAUCCGCUCGACCUCGUCGUGCGCGAAAAGCGCCUGACUAAACUCUUCACCCCCAGCUUGGGCGAAGAGUACCUCGCUGAACUCGGCGCCGUGCUCGGUCGCAUUUCGACGCUGCUGGGGAGCAUGCCCGACCCGGCGGGCGAGACAAAGCGCCGCCGCGAGCUGCGGGACAUCUUUGAGCGCGGAGCUAGAGACGUGCCCGUCGGCGUUGUGCUGAUCGUGGCGAGCGACGACUACCCGAUCGCGAGCUGGGCCGUCCCCCUCGCCCAAGUCUACGCGGACGGCAACGAGGCCGUCCUCCUCACUUCUCCCGGCGCUCUGCUGACUACGUGCGGUAAUGUACGCACCUGGUCCAUCAGCGGCGAGGUGGCCGGCCUUCCCGCCGUUGACGCCGUCAUUGGUCCUCGUGCCGCACUGCCCGAGGAUGUGCACGUCCUCCCCGGCGGUCUCGAUGUGCGUGUCCUCGAAACCGGCCCUGUUCCCAUCAUCGUCGACUCGAGCGUCCUCACGACCGCACGCAAGGAGGAUGACCCGCUCCCGCACGAACUGAAGCGCAUAGCCGCUCAGCUGAAAUACCUCCGCGACAGGGCGUACGUCUUCGUCUCAUCUGAGCUCUCCGACCAGCUCGCUCCCCAGCUCAACCACCGCCCGCACGCCUAUCUCGCCGGCCCGCCGCAGGAAGUGGGCGUGUACACGUUCUCGACGCUCGACCGCGCCCUCGAGGUCGCGCGCGAGGUACCCGCCCACGCGACCGUCAUCUAUGCCGAGCGCGCGGCCGCCGCCCGCGCCGUCGCCGAGUAUGCCGCUAGGGGCGGCACGGCACGCACGACGCACAUCAAUGGGUAUCCCGCCGAACUCGCGCUCGGGCCCUAUGCCGCCGACUGCGGAUUCCGCCGCACCGCCGCCGUGACGGUGAACCAGCGCCCGAGGCAUUGGUGCGUCAGCCUCAUCCGGUCCAUGUCGCCCCGCGCCACGAAUUACAAGGACAUCGCACUGCGUGAGUACCGCCGUGGCUGUGAGGGGUGUGCCGAUUUCGAGUGCGAGGCGUUCUGGGGUAGCUGGGGGUCGGCGACCGAGUCUGAGGACGAGGAAGAAGAGGUGCAGAGUAGCAAGGAUCCCCGGUAUUGGGAUUAUGACACUUUUGGCGCUGGGAGCUGGGGGAUGGGUUGGGCGUUUGCUGUUUAG